GGCAGAGCCCACGGAGCCAGGGAGUAUCGUGUUCCUGUGAAGGUGUCGGUCCUUCGCCCCGCCGCGAUCCCUUCACACAGGGAAACUCUUGACAACUUGUUCCACUCGCUGGGCAAAGCCGGGGCGUGGGCGCGGGUGGCGUGAGGGGAGUUGUGAAGCGGCGGAGCCAAGAGGGCAGGGCAUCUAGCGAGACCCUGAGGUUUUGAACGGAGCUCACGCCGAGCUUUCUGGGGAACGUCCUUCACGUCUGACGUGGUGCCUUCUCCACCGAGAGUGGUGCUCGCUCGCUCGCUCUCCCGCCUCACGCGCUCCUCUCGCCUGGAUCGGGACUUUCGCCCUCAAAGCCUCCCCGCGCGCGAGCCAGAGCGCGCGCAGAAACGACGCCAGGCGAGCGGCCACCGCAGAGCCCGCCGCGCUCAGGGACCAACGUCGCGAGACUUUAUUUUGCUUUUUUGAGGGGAGGCAUCUUCGCUUUGGAGCUUUGAGAAAGUAAAGAAGAUUCCUGAGCUAUAAAAGAUGAAGAGUCUACUUUUCCUGGUGUUGAUUUCUUUCUGCUGGGCUGAUCAUCAUGCUGCCAACUUCACACUGGAGCAUGACAGAAUUAUUCACAUCCACGAAAAUGGACCUCGCCUCCUUGUGGAAGCAGAUCAAACAAAAAUCUUCUCACAACGGGGUGGCAAUGUUACACUGCCAUGUAAAUUUUAUCGUGACCAUGGAUCAUCUGACUCGGGAUCCCAUAAAAUUCGGGUCAAGUGGACCAAACUCACCUCAGAUUACCUCAAGGAAGUGGAUGUCUAUGUUGAAAUGGGAUAUCACAAAAAGAGCUAUGGGAAUUACCAAGGAAGAGUUUUCCUGAAGAAAAGCACUGAAAACGAUGCCUCCCUUGUAAUCACAAAUAUAAUGCUGGAGGAUUAUGGGAAAUACAAAUGUGAAGUGAUUGAAGGUUUAGAAGAUGACACAACUGUCGUAUCUCUGGACUUAGAAGGCAUUGUAUUCCCUUACUUCCCACGACUGGGUCGUUACAACUUAAACUUCCACGAGGCUCAGCAAGCCUGCCUGGACCAAGAUGCAGUUAUCGCUUCGUUUGAUCAGUUGUAUGAUGCGUGGAGAGCAGGCCUGGACUGGUGCAAUGCUGGCUGGCUCAGCGACGGGUCAGUGCAAUAUCCCAUUACGCAUCCCAGGGAGCCUUGCGGUGGGAAGAAUACAGUGCCUGGAAUCCGGAAUUAUGGCUUCUCAAAUAAAGAUCAAAGUAGAUACGAUGUCUUCUGUUUUACAUCCCAUUUUAAUGGCCGUUUUUACUACCUAAUACACCCAACCAAGCUGACCUACGAUGAAGCAGUACAUGCCUGCCUCAAAGAUGGUGCACAGAUUGCUAAAGUAGGCCAAAUGUUUGCAGCCUGGAAACUCCUGGGAUACGACCGCUGUGAUGCCGGCUGGCUGGCUGAUGGCAGCGUCCGCUACCCCAUCUCUAGGCCAAGGAAACGCUGCAGUCCUACUGAAGCAGCAGUCCGCUUUGUGGGCUUUCCCGAUAAAAAGCACAAGCUCUAUGGUGUCUACUGCUUUAGGUCAUACCAGUGAAUGUACCUAGAGCACAACAACAUCCGAUCCAUCAUGUGAAGGAUUUUGUUUCAACGAACUCAUGCAAGUUACCAAAACUGUGAUAAAUCUUUUUUACUUACUGUAAAGAGUCAUUUUCAUAAAAAAAAACCCCAACCUAUUAAUUUGUUUUGGUUAUUUUUUAAAAAAACUAUCAUUCAAUAGAUAUUUUAAAUUAAUAUAAUUUAAAGGAAGCUCUAGGUAAGGAAGUGCUUGAAGUGUAACUGUUUAAGCUACGUCAUUCCAACAAAGCAUAUUUUUUCAUGAAUGGGGCAUGCAAUAGCUUGAUGAUUGCUAGGACUUAAGUUAAGGAAUGUAAGGCUACUCAAAGCAGACACCUUUCCGAGUUUACAUAUUUGCAUCAUGUUAAAAUAGAAUAAUGAGAUCUGCAGGUCUGAACUACAUUAAUCUUUCCUUGACUGCCAUGUGGUUUUGCGAGCAGUUAAAUACAAAGAUGUGAACACGAGUUAAAGUGACAGUGCUUUUUGAAGUCUGCAAUACAAGAACUGCUUCACUAUUUAAAACCCUGCCUUUUAUCAAAACCUGCUCAAUAAUCUCAUAACAUUCCAACAAGCACAGCUAAAUAUUCUGAACGUCAUUCCCAGUCUUAUUGUGUAUGUAGUAGGUAAUCUGUGUAUGAAUAAUUAAAGGAUGGGCCCUACCUUCUUCUUAAUGCAAACUAAAUAUGCCUGAGAUGUAUUGCAUUACCUUUGAGUAGCUUUACGGAGAGGAUUUCUUUUUCUUUUCUUUUUUUAACUCUAAAGGCCAUUUUGCUAAGCAGCAUUUACUCAGGGCAGUUAUAUAUAAACGAACUGCUGGACAGAAAGAAACACAAAUGUCUGAAAUUUAGCAGCUUGAUUCAUGUUAGCUUUUAAAAUAGUAUUGUCUUUAUAAAUGAAGCAUUUAAAUAUUUAAUAUUUCUUUCUUAGUUAUACAUGUGAAAGACAAACAUUUGAAUGAAUCUUGAAACAUAUUUAUCCACUCUAUGAUUACAAAAGAGAAAAAAACCUCUGAUCCCAAUUAUGAAAGGGGAAGAUAUUUCUGUAAUCAGUUCCCCAUGUAUAUUCCAAUUUGCGAAUGUAGUUUUUCUUUGCAUUUCCCUACUCAUGGUAAUGUCAUGCCUAUGGUGCUGUCUCUCCACUGAAGUGAAGGAGCAAAGAAUCCCCAUGCCCGCAAAUGAUCAGGAAGAAUAUUAUCUACUUCACCCAGAUAGUUAUUUCUGACUCUCCAGCUGAUCAGUAUUCCGAUUAUGGGAUAUUAACCCCUGCUACAGAACCCAGGAAAAGUUACCUAUUACAUGAUAUUCCUGAGGGAAAGCAUUAAAAGAGCAACAAAUGCAACAGGGUGGGCAGACCUGCAUAGAAGACAAAAAUUAGUUCAGUUGAAACUAAUGGGAAAAGUUAGUCAUGAUUAACUGAAGUCCCAUGGCCUUCAAUGGAACUUAAAAGUACAAUUCUAAACAUGUCUGCUGAAAAGUAAAUCCCAUUCCAGUUAUUCCCAGAUAAGCAGAUUUAGGAUUUCAGCCCAACUAGCUAGACAGUUGACAGAGAAUCAUUUUUUCAAUAGUUACAGAGGCUUCAUGCUUCUAUAUCAAGCACGGUUUCUUAUUUGCCAUGCAAGGUAGCCUUAUAAUAUAUGCCUGUGCUUUGAUAUACAUAUCACAGCAUUCAAAUACUUGUGAGCAGUGUAGUCAACUGAUUGUAAUCUUUACUGGUUUAUUUGAAGGGACCAGAUGUACUGAUUGUGUCCCACAUGGGCCAUUCAUUCGAUGGAAGGCAUAGAAUGUCAAGUACUAGUUGGUGCCAAUGUAAUCAUCUCAGGGCAAUCUUACGUGGGUUUAUAACUAAAAUAUGAGGAGGAGGAAGAAAAUCAAAGGAAAGGGCAUGUGCAUGCAUUGAUUAAAACAUAGUGCAAUUGUCUCAAGAUUCCUUGUUGUGCAGUUUUAAUCAACGUGCAGAUGUUCUGAUGCUCACUGCAGAGGAUCUGUACCCAUGCAGAGUCUUGAACAAAGUCUGGAAAUAAAACAGAAUGGUGGGUCACUAAUGCAUUGGUGACACUCUGUAAGCAAGAUCAGAUGUAAUUUGGAACCCCAAAAUCUGGGAGAAAUGUUGUAAGCAUUCAAAGAAUUUACUGAGUGGAAGAGCAGCUGCAAUUCAUUCAUCAAUUUGUGUUUAGAAAGUCUGACUUUUGAAGGUUUCUGUAAUCUGGCCCAAGAUGUUAGGAAGAAGGGGGAGAGGGCAACAAUGGGAUAUAUGGAGGAAGAGAAAUGAAAAAAGAGAUAAUCACUAAAGAAGAAAAGAAAAGAAAGAAACGGAAAAUCUGUUUCGCAUCCUGCCUAAUAUGUUUUCCUUUUCAGGAAAAUGCGGCAAAAAUAUGAGACGCUAAGAACUAAUGGGAUAAGAGUUUAUAGUCUAAAGCAGCCACUACAACUCCCAUCAGUCCCAGCUUGCACAGUUGGGAUUUGUAGUCUAAAAUAUAUGGAGGGCACCAGGUUGGGAAAGUCUGUUCUAAAGAAAACGGGAGUGAGAAAGUUUUCCAUUGGCUAAAGGAAAAUAUAUAUUUCAGCAGUUGCUACAUUGCACUUUGCCUUUUUUAGCACCCUGAGACUGUAAUCCUAUAUCUACUUAACUGGAAGUAAGACCCAUUUAACUAACUGGGAUUCACUUUUUGAGUUGAUAUUAUAGGAUUGAGCUGUGAGGCACUUUUAUUUGUAAAGAAUGCAAGGUUAACCUUUGCAAAGUAGCAAGUCACUUUCCAAAGCUUCUCUCAGACAUAGAAUAAUAAUCGAAGCUAUCAGAACAAAACAAUGGUUGUUUUUAAAAAAUGACAUUCAUCAGUUUACUGUUAAGACAAAGGGCAUAUACUACUCUUUCCUUGGAACCAUGCUUGAUCACAUUAAAAUGCGAUUAUAUUCUGUAGUGUAGCACAACUGAUAUGCUUUCACAAAUAUUUCUGUGCAGUUUUUUUAAAUAAAUAAAUCAGUUUCCUCAUGAGCUGAAAGAUCUAUUAACUAGGUUAUGCGGUAUGAGUGUAUUAGAGUAUUGUGAUAUAUUAUGGUUCCAAACAAACUCAUAAUACCAAAUGCAUCUUUGCAUGAAUUUGAAAAUAUCUUUUUUUAUAAAAAAAAGAAUUGAAAAUGUUAACAUGUGUAAAAGCAUAAGGUGAAUGAAAUUGCUUAAUUUUCUUGAGAGUCAGUAUUUCUAGAAUGGGCUUACAGUGUAAUUGUAUUGGAGAUUAAUUUAAAAUCCCCUCUACAAGUUUUACCCUUGAUUUUGUGGUGCUGAUUUAUCUGGUUAUGGUCAUGGGAUUGCACUGAAGAAUAAUUUUAUCCCCAUCCUUUUGUUAUGGAUUUUUGGACUUGGUUCAAUUUGUUCUCAACACUGCUUUCCAUUCUGCCACUUGUUCAUAUUAGGGUUUGGGGUUUUUCAUUUUCUUCUGAAGGUAAGCCAUGUGUACUAGUGAUUGUGUACGUCAAAACUACACAUUGCUUUUGCUUUGUAGCUGAUGAAAAAAUACAGCUAUUUUAAGCUCCUUGAUGUCCUUAAUUAUCAGUUGAGAAACACAUAUGGGGGAAAGAGAUCACUCGGACAGCAGUGCAUCCCUUUUAUUUAAUAAUGAGAUUGAGUAAACUAAAACAUUAACCAGAAACUCUGUUUAACUUAAGUUAAUGGGUGGGAAUUUCUGUGUGCUUUAAAAUACUUUAACAAAACAAAAACCCCAAGUCUAUCAAAUUCUUUAACUAGAAGGAACAUCAACACAUUUUUAAAACAAUCAUUUGCACACACCUUAGCUCCCAUGUACUUGGAGGUAAUUUCUUGACGGCUUUUGAGUCUGCAUAUUUCUUACUUACAUUCAAACGCUGAUCCCCUACCUGAAUUCAAAAAUGAUACAAUCCCACAUUAAAAAACAAAACAACCUAGACUCUUGGGGAAUCUGGGUUUCUGAGUUCAGCUCUUUUUAAAAAAGCUUCACUCAUUUUAUUUUUUAGCAUAGGAUAACCUGAUCUGAACAAUUUCUUCCAAUAUUGAGAUACAACACUUUGAAAAACAUGGGCCUUCUGGGUAGAAUUCAACAUCGCAUUAUUGCAAGUAUUCUAUCUGCACAAGCAUCAUAGCCUGACAGAUGGAAUGAUCCCCCAUUCUCCCAUGUGCAACUGGGGAUUUCAGUUGGAUUCCCCAACCCCACUGAUCUAAUUUCAGUGUAGAGGCACAUGGGAGGAGGAGAGGGAUGCCAUGUUAUGUAAGUGAAAGCUUUUGCACAGGGAUUCCACUGAUAGGGUGAAUCCCACCAUCUGAAUUUGAGUCUGGCCAAAAACAGCUGUAUGUAGGAUCUGAUAACCUUACAGCACCUUAGCAGCACCCAAAUCCUAAAGGCAACCAAAUCCUAAAGCCAAUAUAUCAGGACACACUGAAGGUAACUCUAGUGUAUGCCCAUAACAAGAAGGCUUUCCCUCAAGCUAUUAGCACAUCCCUGAACAUGGCAUGGGUAGAACCAUGAUUUUGAGGGUGGCAUCCAAGCAAACAAGUGCAGCACCAGAGAAAUAUUAAAAUGUGGCAAAGAGACAAGGCAAGAGUAAGCCAUUCCAAAAUAAUUAAGGUCAAUUUCAUUUGAGCUCUACAUUUACCGGUAGAUACAGUUGCUGCAGCUUUCCAGCAUUGCACCCAAUUCAAAUCGGUUUCUGUGCCUACAUUAUUAAAGACCUGAUUCAUUCAUUUUCUCUCAUAUAUUCUAACUGAAGUAAGAGUAGUUUCGAAUCCCAAGUGAUGCCAUAGUGCUGGUAUAUAAGGCUGCAGAAAAUAAUUUCUUACAUUGUAAGGAGUUAGGUGGGAAAAUAAUAAAAUGUAAGCUCACAAAGAAAAUCAAUACAAAGUAAGCAGAAAUGAUUUUUUUAUAUAUAGUUGCUAAUAUGAAUAUUAAUACAUGAGCUUUACAGCAUUACUGGGACUUGCAGAGCAUUCUUCUAUGAGGAAAUGGUGCUUCAACAGUGUCUGAAGGGAAUGCUUAAGAACUGGUUUUAUGUCGGUGCUACUGUUCUUGGAAAGAAAGAAACCACCCUCGAUCAUAAUAAGAAAUGAAUUAAUGCACUGUGUCAUUUUAUUGUAUUUUCACAAUGUAUCUGAAUUUUAAUGUCCCCUCGUAUGGCAACAAUUAAAUCAUGUUGAUCUUUUCAAAAUGA